AUGCCGAAAUUCAACGAGUACUGCACCUGCAAGUCGUGCCUAGGAAUCAUAGGCGGUGCUUGCGAGUGGAUGAAGGAAAUUGAGAACCACGCGGACGAGGUCACAAUCAUGCUUGCUAGGUGCACCCACCAGAUCAUUACCAUUCGAUACCCUAGCCAUCAAACGGAGGCAUCUAUAAGCUGCCAUGCGAGCCUGCUUUAUUUCUACUCUGGCGUCUUCAAACGUGCAUCAAGGUUCAAGGCGCUGGGACACUACGCUUCCCUCAGCAUGAUGGUCUCGAUCCCUGGAAGCACAUCGUUGAAUGGUGCUACACGGGAAGAUUCGAGGAUGAGCUUGAGGAAGUAA